CACAGGCAGAGAUCUGACCAGCACAGACAUGCCGGUGCUGUCCGAGGACUCUGGUUUGCAUGAAACCCUGGCACUACUGACCUCUCAGCUCAGACCUGACUCCAACCAGAAGGAAGAGAUGGGCUUCCUGAGGGAUGUUUUCAGUGAAAAAAGCCUCAGUUAUUUAAUGAAGAUUCACGAGAAGCUUCGCUAUUACGAGAGGCAAAGUCCAACCCCCGUUCUGCACAGCGCUGUGGCCCUUGCCGAGGAUCCGUCUGUGGCCUUCUCUCUCCUUUCCCCCCAGGUGAUGGAGGAGCUGCAGGCCGCCUCCAUGCACAGUGACGAGAGGGAACUGUUCCAGCUGCUGUCCACCCCUCACCUCAGGGCCAUGCUCAUGGUACAUGACACGGUUGCCCAGAAGAAUUUUGACCCCGUUCUCCCCCCUCUGCCCGAUAAUAUUGAUGAGGAUUUUGAUGAAGAAUCAGUGAAGAUUGUCCGCCUGGUGAAAAACAAGGAACCCCUGGGGGCCACCAUCCGGCGGGAUGAGCACUCGGGGGCUGUCGUGGUGGCCAGGAUCAUGCGAGGGGGCGCAGCAGACCGGAGCGGCCUGGUCCACGUUGGAGACGAGCUCCGGGAAGUGAACGGGAUCACGGUCCUGCACAAGCGGCCUGACGAGAUUAGCCAGAUUCUGGCGCAGUCCCAGGGGUCCAUCACCCUGAAAAUCAUCCCAGCCUCCCAGGAGGAGGACCGCUUGAAGGACAGCAAGGUGUUCAUGCGGGCCCUCUUCCACUACAACCCUCGGGAGGACCGGGCCAUCCCCUGCCAGGAGGCAGGCCUGCCCUUCCAGCGCAGGCAGGUCCUGGAAGUGGUGAGCCAGGACGACCCCACGUGGUGGCAGGCUAAGCGAAUGGGGGACACCAACCUUCGAGCUGGCCUCAUCCCCUCCAAGCAGUUCCAGGAAAGGCGACUAAGCUACCGGAGAGCCACGGGCACCCUGCCGAGCCCCCAGAGCCUCAAGAAGCCCCCGUAUGAUCAGCCUUGUGACAAAGAGACCUGUGACUGUGAGGGAUAUUUCAAAGGACACUACGUGGCUGGUCUUCGGAGGAGCUUCCGGCUGGGCCGCAGGGAGAGACUGGGAAGCCCGCAGGAAGGAAAGACGUCCGCAGUGGCCGAGUCUCUGAAGCUGCCGACCUACGAGGAGGUGACCAGGUACCAGCACCAGCCCGGCGAGCGGCCCCGCCUGGUGGUUCUGAUUGGGUCUCUGGGAGCCCGACUGCACGAGCUGAAGCAGAGGGUGGUGGCAGAGAACCCACAGCACUUUGGUGUUGCCGUUCCACAUACCACCAGGCCCAGGAAGAGCCAUGAGGAGGAGGGGGUGGAAUAUCACUUCGUCUCUAAGCAAGCCUUUGAGGCCGACUUGCAUCACGACAAGUUCCUGGAGCAUGGUGAAUAUAAGGAAAACCUCUAUGGAACCAGCCUGGAAGCCAUUCAGGUUGUGAUGGCCAAAAACAAAGUGUGUUUGGUGGACGUGGAGCCAGAUGCACUGCAACAACUGAGGACCUCAGAGUUUAAACCCUACGUUAUAUUUGUAAAGCCUGCAAUUCAGGAAAAGAGGAAGACGCCACCCAUGUCCCCAGCUUGUGAGGAUGCAGCAGCCCCACUUGAUGAGGAGGAGCAAGAGAUGGCCGCCUCUGCUGCCUUCAUAGACCAGCAUUACGGGCACCUGGUAGACGCUGUGCUGGUGAAGGAGGACCUCCAGAGUGCGUACAGCCAGCUCAGAGUGCUCUUAGAGAGGCUGAGCAAGGAAACUCACUGGGUGCCUGUUAGUUGGGUCAGGUAACUGUAUCCUAGAACAUCCAGGUUGGAGGAGACCUGGAAGACCACCUGGUCCAGGCUCCCCCGUGUUACCAUCAAGGAAUCUUGAGCGAGAAGGGCAGAAUUUUCCAUAAACUCCAUCAUCAAGAAGAGUCUAUGUGGGGUGUCUUGUUUGUUGCUGGUUUUUGUCUGUGGCUUUUCACUGCACCCCUUUGGAGCCGAAAAUACGAGUCGAAAGGGAGCAUAUCACAAAGGAACACAUGUCAUUCAUUAAAGUAUCGCAGGCAAGUUGACCCUGAUUCUCUGUACCAAAGUUGAGUAGCCACUGUCUUUUGAGGGGUGGUGGUGGUGAAUGUAUACAGUAC